AUGAGUCUCACUGCGCGCGGUUGUGGACGCCGCAAUGCCACGGAAAAGGUCCUUGGGGAGAAACAGACGCUCGGCUUACUGGUGGACGGAGGAUAUCGCCAAUCGACGGAGAGUUUAGGUCUCAGGCAGGCGAUCACGGUGAGCAAGGCCUCCAGGUGGAAGGAACUCAAGGACGAUCUAAACGCCGAUCCUUUGGGGCCUGGGCUACCAAAUCGUCAUUGCGGACGGCUAGGUGCCCAAUCUGCUAGCCCUAACAUGAGCGCAGCCGAACUGGAGAUUAGGCCGGAGGAGCAUAUCGCAGUCCGUCCCGAAGAGGUACCUCCGUUCAGUGAACUAGAGCUGAAAAGCGCCAUCGCUUCGAUGCGCUGUAGGCGUGUUCCCUCCUCGUGGGAAGAUCCAGCGCCUAGUGUUGGUCAGCAAGGGAAAAGGAGACCCCACAAGCCCGUCCGCAUACCAGACCCCUCUGCAUGCUGGACACAGCGGGGAAAACUCCUCGAGCGUUUGAUCAAACCUAGGCUGAUCCAGGCUGUUAAAGCGGCUGGAGGACUUUCUGAUCGCCAGUUCGGUUUCCGCGCGGGUCGUUCUACGAUUGGUGCUGUCGGUGAGGUUGUCAGAGCGUUCGAGUCAGUACAGCAGGGAGACCAUCGGUACCGCAAACUGGUAAUGCUGGUAACACUGGACGUAAGGAACGCCUUUAACUCGGCCAGUUGGGCUGACAUGCUCGGGUGCCCUACAGUCCACGUUUUUCAUUCACCGUAUCUCUUGAGGCUGCUAAAUAACUACCUUAGGGAUCGGAAACUGGUCUUUGGAACGUUGGACGGACCUCGUAGUAGGGAAGUGACGGCAGGUGCUGCCCAAGGCUCGAUUCUUGGCCCAGACCUGUGGAACAUCAUGUACGACGGGGUUCUUCGUAUGGAGAUGCCGCACGACACCUUCCUCGUGAACAUCAGCAGUGUAUGGCUACUUCCGGAAGAAGGGUUUCCGGUUUUCUACCGCUACUUCCGCGACCGUAUCACAUGGUUCGAGGCGGAUGCUGUGUGCCAGUUCCACCACGCCAACCUCGUUACAGUGGACUCGAGUGAGCAGUACGAUGCGACCCGGGCGUACCUCAAGGAGUUGGACGUGGUAAACAACGUCUGGGUUGGCCUCAAGAGGAGUGGCUCCGAAGGGGAGUUCACUUGGACGGACUACAAGCCACUAGAGAACGGCGGCUACUGGCAAGAGCAGAUCCCUAUGACAGACAACCCAGUGUGUGCCGCUCUUGAUCCUGCCGCUGACUUCCGGUGGCAUCCUCUCAACUGUGGUGGACCGGAAGUGGCUUCCUUCAUCUGCCAACUUGAGGUGCCAGCCUGGGCCCGGAAGGAGGACGGCUGUAUGCUGACGUCACUGCCGUCUCUAACCGUCACUUAUCUACCAGAGCAAGGAGCUGUGGAGCUGAUCUCCGACUGUGGCUUAGAAGGCACCAGACGUAUUGCCUGCAAGGGUCAGGCCAACCGCGACGAGAUGAUGAAGCAGUUGUCGUGUGAAUCGUCCACCGAGGGCCAGACCGAGGCUACAAGCAGUAACACCUGGGACAACGACCUGCCCACCAGACACCGCCGAGACACUGACGUCACCGUGGAUAUGGCGAGCGCUCAGCAUCUGGUGCCUACUACUGAAGGUUUGACCGAAGUUAAUUCCGUCGAAGUGACUAAUGACAGUCCACCUGCUGAAGUGAAGGAGAGUCCCAUCCAUACUCAACAAGACUCCGAGGUAACUUCGACUCAAGGUCUUCCACAAGAAAUGUCGGCCGCUGAGGAGCCCAUCAAGUCUUCCGUGGAUGUCCUUACAGACGAGUCUUCCAGUAGGUUUGUGGAGUCACCUCAGACAUCUCAGAACAUUACGUUUCCACUAAAAAGUGCUGAUAAAGACCUCUUUGACGAGAACCCUAUACAAAUCCCCUUAAACUCCAUUUCAAGGAUAACCUCUGAAGACGGGGGCAGUGCGGAAGGCAGCCCCCAAUCCGGGGAGCGGAGGGUUGUUGUGGUACAGUCAAAACCUCUCCCACCUUCCCUUAGAGGGAACUCGCCAUUUGUGGAGACCGCGGUCUCGAACAAAACGGAGACGACCACGGAGGCAGCCGAGUUGACAACUCCUAAACCAGUAGAGAAGGAAUCCCACGAAGUCUUCAGAGAGAGUAAAGUGAUAGACAUCACGCUGCAGCCUGAAAAGCCUGAAGCCAAACAAGUCAACUUUCCUCCACUAUCUGUUUACAACAUCAAUAAAGACCGUGACCCUGACGAGUCCAGUUCCCGAGUAGUGCAAGGAAGUUCUGUGGAGAAAGAUGCCGAAGAGACGGAUCAAAAUACCUCGUCAGAGCCAAAUAAGAAAGAAAUUUUCCAAGAAUCUAGUGAUUCAAAGUUUUUUACCAGAGUAAUUGCAGAGGAGAUAACAACGACUACUGCAAGUCCACUUUCAGGCACGAGGAGUACUAGCAGACCUAAUACUGACAAUGAUUUCUUCAUUGUAACGGAAACUCCCAUAAAAUUAGUAUCAUCAUCAACAAAGAUAGCACCAACUGCGGUGCCUGAAUCCCCAGAAGGAAAGAAAGAUGCUGAAACUCCGAUUUUAAGUGAGUCCGUUGAUGAUUUAAACAAACCUUCUGGUAUUUCCCCGGACCAAGAAAUGGCAGAUGAGGCGGAACCUGAAGCUCCAGAGAGACCAAAUAGGGGAAGACUUCUGAUAAGACCCCAGCACCAUUCAUUCUAUCCGUACUUCUUAAAUAGAGUUCUAGGUUAGAUAGUCACAAAGCAUGCCAAUUUGAUUUCAUUGUAUGACUUAGUACCUUUAGGUUUUGAAUGGUGCAUAAGUGUAAAUCCUUUGCUUAUGGUUUUGGAAUAUGGGAUUCAAGUACUCAUUCGUUGCAAACACCAGUUUCAUCUGCGGAUUCCAGACUAAAUCUAUUUCCACUAUACGAGCAAAGCGACUUACUCACAUCAAAGCUAAUCACGUGCUUGAGUCGAUACAAAACUUGUCUAUCAUUUUAAAAAACACACCAAAUGAAAUGUGAAUCACUUGACACAACGAAUCCCAUGUUCGAAACUGCAUGCGGGCACUCAUUCAGAAAUACACAGUCACCGGUUCAAUUAAUAUGCACCGUCCUAUCUCGACCCGUCCUGAAUGCACAGCUAGCGAUCUAAACGCACAGGUAGUCUAGCGGCAUUUCAUGUUAUAUGUGCGCUUCUAGGGGUAUCACUGUGGGAGUAAAGUGCUCUUCUAUUUCUAUCGGUCGUAUACAUUUUAUACAUUUGGAUACUCGGGCCCUGCACUCUCCCGCGCUCCUUGGUUUAGAUCCAUUGUAAAUCAAACAUAUUGUGAUAGGUAAUCGUACUCUUAUAAACUAUCUGUAAGCUAAGGUGUAAAGAGAUUUUAACAUAGGUAGCCGUGUUAAAUGUGAGAAUAUUGUACAGUAGGUGUUCGUUAGGUCAGGGAAGUGGUUUUAGUGCUUCGAAGAGUUUAUUAAGUGAAAGCUCCAGUUUGGGCAGUGUUGCAGAUCUUUAACAAAUAUUUGCUACUGAAAUUCUGUUUGCAAAGACACCUCUAAAAAUUCCAAUUGUGAUGUACACGAAGUUUCACUUUGUCAUUAAAUCAAAAAUAUUUAAGUGAUAAGAACCCUGUACAAAAAAUUACCUUGCCGUUGAAUUUUACACAACGAAUUAAUACAAAUAUUUGUGAACGAUAUAAACUUACAAGUGAAGCUUUUUAAACUAUUUAUUAGUGCUAGCAGGCAGUCUUGCGUUGAGAGUCGAAUUGAAUGGAGAUGUCAAAAUAGCUAUUCAGCUCUAGUUGAUUAAUAUUAUUACUGUAACGAUUUACAAUUGUAGUACAACCCAUACUUCACUAGAGAGAAAUCUUCCAGGAAACCUAAGUACCAAAAGGUGUGCCAAAGUAAUUUAGUGAAACCACUUCCAUUAUAGUUCUCGACUUAGCUUAGUUGCUAUUGUUGUUCUGUAGUAGUUUAUGUUGUUGUAUCGUGUUUGCUCUAUGUAGAUCUUUAUUACGUUAUCUAGAGUGUUUUUCUAUUUUAAGAAGGUUAAUUAUUCGAGGAAGGUUGUACUUUGUAAUUUAGACUGUGCAACGUAAAAAUGUCUUCACCUGUUGUACUUUUAUAUAUGUAAAAUAAAUGCUUAUUGGUUUCCA